CCUUGACACACACACACACACACACAGACGGACAGACAUUCACUCGCUCAGCCGCUCGCGCGCCCCGCCAGGGAUCAAUGGAAAGGCUGGCGCGCCUGCGCGGCCGGCCAACGGGCGAAGGACGGCGGUUGGCAGCCUGAGGAGAAGGGGGAAAAAAAAAAGAAGAAGAAGAGAGGGGGGGGGGGUGUUUAAAAGAAGGACGGGAGCGCGCGCCUCACGCACGCACGCGCGCGCGCAGGCAGGCCGCGAUCGGGGGCGCGCGCGCCAGGCUGUUGCUCCUCCUGUCGGCGCGACUCUUCGUGAGGGGGGGAGAGAGAGAAAAAAAUAAAAUAAAAGGCUCCGCGGCGGCGACGGGACCGGCCCGCCAUGGAGUGAAACCCCCGUCCUCCCACCGGUCCCUCGCCCGGCAGAGCUUCUUUUUCCCCCUCCUCAGCUCGGCUCUCCUUCAUCCCUUCUUUCCCUCCGCUGCCCCCGCUCGGCUGCCCUCGCUGCCGCCGCGCCCCCUCUGCGUGCCCGGCCGCCGGCCUGAGGGGGAGCGAGCGAUGGCGGCGCGGGGCGCCUGGCGGCGGCUGCUGCCGCUCCUAGGCUCGCUGUGGGUCGCGCUGCUCGGCGGGCAGCGCCCCGACUCCGCCGCCGCCGCCGCGCCGCCUCAGCACCUCCCGCCCGCAGAACCUACAGUGAGAACUUUUACUCCGUUUUAUUUCCUAGUAGAACCAGUGGACACUCUGUCAGUUAGAGCGUCUUCUGUUAUACUGAACUGUUCAGCAUAUUGUGAUUCACCUCCAAAAAUUGAAUGGAGAAAGGACGGGACUUUCUUGAACUUGGUAUCAGAUGACCGCCGGCAAUUGCUACCAGAUGGAUCUUUGUUAAUCAACAGUGUUGUCCAUUCCAAGCACAAUAAACCUGAUGAAGGUCAUUACCAGUGUGUGGCAACCGUGGAGAGUCUUGGCACCAUCGUAAGCAGGACAGCUAAGCUUACAGUUGCAGGGCUUCCAAGAUUCAUUACCCAGCCAGAGUCUGCAUCUGUCCAUAGAGGAAACCCCAUAGUUCUUAACUGUGAAGUUAAUGCUGACUUAGCACCGUUCGUCAGGUGGGAGCUGGAUCAUCAGCCCCUCUUUCUGGACGACCGUGUCCUCAAGUUGCCAAGUGGGACUUUAAUUGUCAGCAAUGCUACAGAUGAGGAUGCUGGAACUUACUGUUGUGUUAUUGAAAUUGGGGGCUCUCCCAAAUACAGCGACGAAGCAGAGAUCAAAGUUCUUCCAGAACCCGACCUCUCCUCAGGCUUGCUUUUUUUGAAACAACCCUUUCCCCUUACCAAAGUGACUGGGCAGAGUGCAGUUUUACCAUGCGUUGCUUCAGGCAUUCCUGUCCCACUAAUCCGAUGGACAAGAAAAGAGGAAGAGCUCGUUACCGAAAAUUCUCACAAAUUUCUGUUCCUGUCUGGGGGAAUGCUGAAGAUAAAUGAUAUCACCGAAGAUGAUUCAGGAACAUAUACUUGCAUCGCAGAUAAUGGGAAUGAAACUAUUGAAGCUCGAGCUGACCUUACUGUGCAGGUGCCUCCCACGUUUCUGAAGCAGCCUGCUAAUAUUUAUGCACACGAAUCCAUGGAUAUUGUGUUUGAAUGUGAUAUGAGCGGAAAGCCAACUCCAACGGUCAAGUGGGUGAAGAACGGAGACGUCGUCAUCCCUAGUGACUACUUUAAAAUUGUAAAUGAGCACAACCUACAAGUUUUGGGUUUGGUGAAAUCAGAUGAAGGCUUUUAUCAGUGUAUUGCGGAAAAUGAUGUGGGAAAUAUACAGUCUGGAGCCCAGCUGAUAAUACUGGAUCAUGAUGUUGCCAUCCCAACAUUACCUCCCACUUCACUGACCAGUGCCACUACUGACCAUCUAGCACCAGCUACAACUGGACCUUUGCCUUCUGCCCCUCGAGAUGUGGUGGCGUCUCUUGUAUCUACUCGUUUCAUCAAGCUCACAUGGAGGACCCCUGCAUCUGAUCCACAGGGAGACAAUCUUACCUACUCGGUGUUCUACACUAAGGAAAUGAGUAACAGGGAGCGUGUUGAAAACACAAGUCAUCCUGGGGAAAUGCAAGUGACAAUCCAAAGCCUGAUGCCUGAAACAGUAUAUAUUUUCAGAGUGGUAGCCCAAAACAGACAUGGACCUGGGGAGAGUUCGGUACCAUUGAAAGUAGCCACACAACCUGAGGUUCAGCUUCCAGGUCCAGCCCCCAACAUUCGUGCGUAUGCCACCUCCCCCACGUCAAUCACUGUUACUUGGGGUACACCCUUAUCGGGCAAUGGCGAGAUCCAGAACUACAAACUGUAUUACAUGGAGAAGGGAAUGGAGAACGAACAGGACAUUGAUGUUGGAGGUCUUUCCUAUACAAUAAUUGGUUUGAGAAAAUAUACAGAGUAUAGCUUCAGAGUUGUGGCCUACAAUAAACAUGGUCCAGGUGUGUCUACUCAAGAUGUUGUCAUUCGUACACUGUCAGAUGUUCCCAGUGCUGCACCCCAGAAUCUAACAUUAGAAGUGCAAAACUCCAAGAGCAUUGUGAUGCAUUGGCAGCCUCCUCCCACAGGAACACAUAAUGGGCAAAUUACUGGCUAUAAGAUUCGGUACCGAAAAGUGAUUCGCAAAAGUGAUGUCACCGAAAUCAUUGUGGGGACACAACUUUCACAGAUGAUUGAAGGUUUGGAACGAGGGACCGAGUACAGCUUCCGAGUGGCUGCCUUAACAGUCAAUGGCACAGGAAUAGCUACGGAUUGGAUAUCAGCAGAAACAUUUGAGAGCGACCUUGAUGAAACUCGAGUUCCAGAAGUGCCAAGUUCGUUGCAUGUCCGCCCACUAGUAACCAGUAUUGUUGUCAGCUGGACCCCACCAGAAAACCAGAACGUUGUGGUCAGAGGCUACGCCAUAGGGUAUGGCGUUGGCAGUCCCCAUGCUCAGACCAUCAAGGUGGAUUAUAAGCAACGAUACUACACUAUUGAAAAUUUGGAUCCCAGUUCCCAUUAUGUGAUAACUUUGAAAGCAUAUAACAAUGUUGGUGAAGGAAUCCCUCUUUAUGAGAGUGCAGUGACUAGAGCCUAUACAGUGCCAGACCCCUCCCCCAUGAUGCCACCCGUGGGAGUUCAGGCUUCCAUCCUGAGCCAUGACACCAUUCGUAUCACCUGGGCAGACAACUCUCUGCCGAAGAACCAGAAGGUUUCGGAUGCCCGUUACUACACCGUCCGCUGGAAAACCAACAUUCCUGCAAACACAAAGUACAAGACAGCAAAUACAACUACCUUAAGCUUCUUGGUCACUGGCUUAAAACCCAACACUUUAUAUGAAUUCUCUGUCAUGGUGACUAAAGGCCGAAGAUCAAGCACCUGGAGCAUGACAGCACAUGGCACUACUUUUGAGCAAGUUCCAACUUCUCCACCAAAAGAUGUAACAGUGGUCAGCAAAGAAGGAAAGCCCAGAACUAUCAUCGUCAACUGGCAACCUCCGUCUGAAGCCAAUGGCAAAAUCACAGGAUACAUAAUUUACUAUAACACCGAUGUCAAUGCUGAAAUACACGACUGGGUCAUUGAACCAGUGGUAGGCAAUAGACUGACCCAUCAGAUUCAAGAGCUGACCCUUGACACAGCAUAUUAUUUCAAGAUCCAAGCCCGGAACUCCAAAGGCAUGGGCCCCAUGUCAGAGGCUGUACAGUUCAGGACACCUAAAGCAUCGGGAACUGCAGGAAAAGGAAAUCGACCAGUGGAUGUUGGAACAGAUUAUAAAACUCCCAUCAGUGGAAGCAACAGCCCUCAUGGCAGCCCCUCCCCGCUAGAAUACAAUAUGCUUCUGAUCAUCAUUGUGUCUGUGGGAGUGAUAACCAUUGUGGUUGUGGUGAUUGUUGCUGUAUUUUGCACUCGAAGGACCACCUCUCACCAGAAGAAAAAACGAGCUGCUUGUAAAACUGUGAAUGGGUCUCAUAAAUACAAAGGCAAUUCCAAGGACGUCAAGCCACCGGAUCUUUGGAUCCAUCACGAGAGGCUGGAGCUGAAGCCUAUUGAUAAAUCUCCAGAUCCCAAUCCAAUCAUGACCGACACCCCGAUCCCUCGUAAUUCCCAAGACAUCACCCCCGUUGACAACUCUAUGGACAGCAAUAUUCAUCAGAGGCGAAACUCCUACAGAGGGCAUGAGUCGGAGGACAGCAUGUCCACCCUCGCCGGAAGAAGAGGGAUGCGGCCAAAGAUGAUGAUGCCGUUUGAUUCUCAACCUCCUCAACCUGUGGUUAGUGCUCAUCCCAUCCAUUCCCUUGAUAACCCUCACCAUCAUUUCCACUCCGGCAACCUCGCUUCUCCAACCUGCAACUAUCUCCAUCAUCAGGCAAACCUAUGGCCAGUUGGCACAUCUGUAUCCCAUUCAGACAGGGCUAAUUCCACAGAAUCUGUUCGAAAUACGCCUAGCACAGAUACCAUGCCAGCCUCGUCAUCUCAGGCAUGUUGUGCCGACCACCAAGAGCCAGAGAGUGCUUCAGCAUCCUACCUGCCCAGCGCCCAGGAAGAGGAGACAAGCCAGAACCUGCCCACUGCCCAUGUCCGCCCCUCUCAUCCUCUGAAGAGCUUUGCUGUGCCAGCCGUCCCACCCACUGGCAGCACCUACGACCCUGCCUUGCCAAGCACACCUUUAUUAUCACAGCAAGCUUCUAGCCAUCCAGUUCAUUCAGUGAAGACAGCAUCGAUUGGAACUCUGGGAAGGACUCGGCCUCCAAUGCCAGUGGUAGUCCCGAGUGCCCCUGAAGUGCAGGAAACCACAAGAAUGCUUGAAGACACAGAAAGUAAUUACGAACCGGAUGAACUCACCAAAGAGAUGGCCCACCUGGAAGGACUAAUGAAGGACCUUAACGCCAUCACCACAGCGUGAUCGCCUUCCCCAAGGAAUGACUCCAGACCCGCAGGCCUUGGGACUUCGCCUUGGAGCACAAGGAAAUGUAUAAAAGACUAGGGGACAGCACAGAAAGAGACCUGCCAACCGGCUGCUGCAGCACCACCGGGGGCCCCUUCCGGUGAACCAAAUGGCUCUUCUAGUUCAUUGGCCUGAAAUGAACCUCUUUGGAGGUUGUUGGGAUUUCCGCUCCUCGCUGCGCUGCUGAUGCCGAUAUGAACCAGGAGUGGGGCGACGUCUCAGGCUGAUGAAAUCCAGCAUCCAGACAAACUUCGCAUUCAUCGGAGGCAGCUUUUGUCCCGGUGCUGCAACCUUCCCUGCUUUUUCAGUGUUGGACAUUCACAUUUAUGUACAAUUUUAUUUGAGUGUUUUUAUUUUAUUGUAUCUUUUUUUUUUAUUAAAAAGUGUAACCUGACAGAAAAAAAAAAUUGUGUUGUUUCCCCCAAAGCCUAGACGGAUGUCCGAUUGCUUGUUCUAUUGUGUAUACGGGAAUUCAUUGCCAGUGUGGAUUGUUCCGUUCAUUUCUUCGUUCGGAUUUCUUUCUUUUCUUUUCUUCUCUUUUCUUUUCUUUUCUAAAGCUUGUAUCAUUCUGUCACCUUCCAGCAGUUGUAAUCCAUGGCCUUGGGAUAUGCUGCAUUGCUUUUUGUAAGCUUUUUUUUAUUUUUAUAUUAUAAUAAUAAUUCAAAAAGCCUGAUUAGAUCCUUUCCCAUCACUGUGAGGUUAACUAGAAAUGUAACACGGAGCAAACUUUUCUUAAUUUUUAUUUUGAGCGUUUUCAGUGCAGGAGGAGUAGAAUAAGUAAGCCUUGGGCUGGGAGCCACAGAGUGGUAGGAAGCUUCAUUGGACAAUGCAAUGCAACACAGCUCUAUCCUUCAGGCUCAUAUAAGCCAUCCCUUGCAAUAUGCCCGGUUGUGACUUAAAUAAAUUAUUAUUAUUAUUACGAGUAACUUCCCUGAUCACAGUGACUUGGAAAAAAAAGUCACACAGUAAUCUGAAGGAUGGCCGUGAUGUUAACUCUUACCUGCAAUGAUUCACUUUUGUCAUUACCUCCGUCCGUCCAAGGCCUUGCCAAAACAGAAAGUGGCUCCAAAGACAUGGUGUCAACCAGCCGCAAUUCAUCAAAGGGAAUUGUAAAAAAUAGAAUGAAGGCUUUUGUCGGUCUCCUUUGUAAAUUCAUCCUUUAGUCCAGGGGCGUCCAACCUUGGCGACUUCAAGGCUUGUGGACGUCAAGUCCACAAACCUUCAAAGUUGCCAAAGUUGGAGCUCUUGGCUUUAGCCUGUUUCUUGCCAAUUGCAGAGGACGUUGCGUUGAGCAAAACCCUCUCAUAAAUGUUGGGUCCUUUUAAGUUCAGUUACCACAAUGCGUCUUAGCAACACAGCUCUUCUUGUUUGAAUGUUUGAUUUCAAAGCUGUGUCCUUCUGGAUAUUUGCGUUGAAGUGGGAGUUUUAUCCCAGAUACUUUAGCAUGCAAUGAUCAGACAUAAGCUAUGGCUCAGACAUAGUUUAUGUUUGAUCAUUGUAUGCUAACGUAUCUGGAAUAAAACUAUGUAGCUGUUAGAUCAUCUUCAAGGUUUUGGGGAAUACUUCCAGUGUUGAACCACAAUCAAAACAAAUUAAGUUUGCAGGAAAGGUGGGGGGGGGGGACAUAGGUGUGUGUGUUUGUGACUCAGGUGUUGCCCGAGCCGGUAGAAGAAGGGGGUGUAUUGGGAGAGAUAAAUAAAUUCCUAAUAAACUGGUAAAAUUACAUUUUCUUUUUGUGUUUGCUGCCCAUAAUCAUACUGUUCUCUGUCAUCAUCUAUGAUAAACAUGCUAAGAAAAUAAUAUUUGUUUUUUU